AUGAUCUUCCCGAGAUUACACCACUGGACUACCGAAUCUUUGUGGCGGGGAGAACCACCAUGGCAUAUUAGAGUUGACAAAGACACACCUCAGUACAGUAAAGAGCGUGGCGCAAUCACUGAGAAGCGCAGCCAGCGUAAUCAGCAAGCUCACGAGAAUGAGUUCUACCGUACCUGUUGCGCGAACUUCUGCUAUCUAGCGACAGCUGUGGUUGACAUUAUACAAAAGCUUGUAUUGGAAGAGUACUUCCAUUCCGACCAAUUUAUGUCAGUCAAUGCACGCUUGUGCCGGGCUACAUUGGCUCUUUGGGCAGCCUUGGACGCAUCAAGGGUGGAGGAGGACAGGGCGGAACGUAUUUGGAUGCAGGAAUUGGAUAUGCCAACACCUUCGAAGCCAUCUUCCGAGUGGAUCUAG